AUGUAUCUCUAUAUCUUAGUCUGUUUCUAUCUAUCUAUCUAUCUAUCUAUCUAUCUAUCUAUCUAUCUAUCUCGAUGUCUUCAUUACUUUUCAUAUCUGUCUAUCUAUCUACUCUGUGAUAGUAAUACUUUCUUUCUUGGCAUUUCUUUUUCUUUUCUCCUAUCUGCCAAAAAACCCAAGUCUCUUUCUUUCUUUCUUUCUUUCUUUCUUGCUGUUUUUUCUUUCUUUCUGUUCUUUCUUUCUUUUUUUCUUUCUUUCUUUCUGUUGUUUCUUUCUUUGAUUUCUGUCUUUUUUAGUCUAUCCAUACCGACAAUAGAUAUUCUCCUUCUUCCUCUUUCUUUCUUUCUUUCUGUUUUCUUUCUUUCUUUCUUUCUUUCCUAUUCCUUUAUCAUUCAUUUGCCUUCUGUUAUUUUUAAUCUACACAAGACUAUCGAGAGUUUUCUUUUCUGUUUUAUCAUUCAUUUGCCUUCUAAACAUCUUUCUUCCCCACUCAUUCUUUCUUUCUUUCUUUCUUUUUCUUUCUUUCUUUCUUUCUUUCUUUCUUUUCUUUCUUUCUUUCUUUCUUUCUUUUCGUUCUUUUCUCUCUUUUCUUUUGUUCUUUUUUUUUUUAGUCUACCCAAACUGUCAACAGUUUUCGUUUCUUUUUUCUCUUCAUUAAAAGAUAUAGCUUCCUCCUUUCUUCUUUCCUUUCGUUUUUGCUUUUCUAUCUAUCUAUCUAUCUAUCUAUCUAUCUAUCUCUGA